GUUACAUCAUAUCGCGCAUAUCCUAACCCUUCCGCCGGAAGCCGCGGUAGCACGUCAACCCGACGACAAGAAAGUUUCUACGGCAACGUUAGGUAGGUUAGCGCCUAGGUAGCCUUCGUCGACGUCAAUCACACCCGGGUAUAGCAACCGUAUCUAGCGAAAGGAUCCGACAUCGCGCCGCCUGAGCCUCGCUAGCACACGCACACGCAUCCAUGGAUACAUGCGCAUAGCCAUAGCCUUAGGGAAACGUAAAAAGUACCGUACGCGCAAAUGCAGCAAAUCAUCCCACGGGCGUCGCCCAGCCGUAAGGCCCUAAGCUCUUUCGUAUGCCAGUCGUGCCGGCGAUCCCUGCGCCGGUUCUCCGCGUCGCCGAACCGUAGGUCAGGAGGGGUCCCUCCGCCCCCUCCGUCCGGGUACGCCCACCUGUCCUCGCGGCGGCUCAUCAGCGUCGCGGGGCCGGACGCGCCCAGGUUCCUGCACGGCAUCAUCACGCGGUCCGUCGUCGCGGAGCCGAGCACGAGCGGCGGCCGACGCUUCAACCGGACCACCAAUGCCGAUGCCGCCGCCGACGCCGCGGCAAACUCGAUAGCCAGCACGCCGGGGUUCUACGCCGCGUUCCUGAACGCGACGGGCCGCGUGCUGCACGAUGUCUUCGUGUACCGCGACACCCUGGGCCUGAGCGGCGGCGGCGGCGCCGCGACAGCGGCCGAGGGCGAAGCUUUCGUCAUCGAGGUCGACGCCGACCAGGUGGACGUCCUGGCCCAUCACAUCAAGCGGUACAAGCUGCGCAGCAAGCUCGCCUGCCGGGUGCUCGACGCGGAAGAGUGCGCGGCGUGGCAGGUGUGGGACGACAGCAACGGCUCCUCUCCCCCAACACCCACACCGCAGGGUCUAGAAACGCAGUUAUCGCAGCUCCAAAACAGCAUCGUGCUCCCGGAUACGCGCGCGCCGGGAAUGGGAACGCGGGUCCUGCGGCUCGGCAGCGGCUCUGGGGCGGGGCACCUGGACCUGGACCUGGACCUGGAGAAGAGCGACGAGGCGGCGUACCGCGUGCGCCGGUACCUGCUGGGCGUGGCGGAGGGCCAGGCGGAGAUCCCGCGCGAGCAGGCGCUGCCGCUCGAGGCCAACAUGGACGUCUCGGGUGGCGUCGACUUCCGCAAGGGCUGCUACGUCGGCCAGGAGCUGACGAUCCGGACGCGGCACCGCGGCGUCGUGCGCAAGCGCAUCUUGCCGUGUCUGCUUUACCCCUCAUCCUCAUCCCCUUCCUCUUCAUCCCCGUCUCCCCCGCCGCCGCCGCCGAGGAAACUUGACUACAGCCCUUGGAUCGGGGGAGGGGAAGAACAGGGGGAGGGACAGGUCAUGUCGGCGGAGGACGUCCCGCCGAACCUGAGUAUCGGCCGCGACGGCGCGAAGGGCCGCAGCGCGGGGACCUGGUUAAGGGGUGUGGGCAACGUCGGGCUGGCGCUGUGCCGGUUGCAAAUCAUGACGGACGUGGAGCUCCCGGGGGAGACGGCGGCGGCGCCGUUCAACCCUGAUAAGGACGAAUUCGUGGUGAAGUGGGGCGCGGACGAGGAGGGCGGUGGUGGACAAUCCGUCAAGAUCAAGGCGUUUGUGCCGGAUUGGCUGCGGGAGAGGUUGAAUGAGGAUAAGAAUGCUGGUUCUGCUCACUAAGGAGGGUAUGUGGGAUGGAUUAAACGUAGGCGAGCUGUAUGGUAUACGCGUUUGUAUUAGAUAUGCUGGUAUCACUACUCUGAGGCCAAUGUACUUAUCAUAGAUAUUAGGGCCCGAUGAAUAAAUCAAGGCAACUUAGCAUGUUACCUAUCUAUUGGUUAUUUGUACGGUGAUGUGAAUGGGCCAGUUAUGCCUUAGCUUUAGGAAUAUCACAUUGCGUAUCGUUAAUUCAGCCAUUA